AUGUUUGCCGGCCCACGACUUAAUGAUCAGGACCAUGCACCAGCUGGAAUGGAUUCCGAAUUGUAUAUUGAUGGUGCAUUACAUGUCGAUGGUGUAUCAGUCGAUCGUCAACAAAAACGACAAAUACAAAAACAUCAAAAUCCAUGUGAACAAUUACUUCGUGUGCUAAGAAAAUUAUGGGCAACACAACAAACGGAGAAUAUUGAUCGAGAAAAAAACAAAGAUCGUUAUGUACGAACAACUUUACGCGAAUUAGGUGUUUAUAUAGCAUUUAUCGUUGUAUUAUCGAUAAUUACAUUUGGUAUGAUAACAACAAAUAUGUAUUAUUUAACAACGAUGAUGAAUAAUCUAUUUAUUGGUCCCACACUCGUCGAUAGUACAACAAAUUUAACAGGACCAUCAUUUGAAACAUUAAACAAAAUGGAAGAUUUUUGGCCGUACAUGGAAGAUAUUGGUAUUCCUGGAUUAUUUAGUGAAACAUGGUAUAACAAUAAUCCUGUUCGUGACUAUGGAUAUCUUUUAUAUGAUAAUAAAUUACUUGGUGUUGCUCAAUUACGUCAAAAAAAGGUGCGAAAUAAUUCAUGUUCAGUAGCUGCUGAUUUUAAACAAGAAAUCAAAUUUUGUUACAGUACAUAUGCACCAGGAUUAGAAGAUAAAUAUUCAUUUGGACCAUGUGAAAAUAUUCCCACCGGAAACUGUUCAAAUUCAUCAUUUGAAUAUUCGUCAAAAAAUCAAUUGUUUAGUCUUAAUACCGAAGGUUUAGUGAGCGUUUAUGAUGAUGGUGGUUUUAUUCAAACAUUAGAUGAUACACAAGAAAAAUCACUAGAAAUUCUUUCAUAUUUAAAAGCAAAUCUUUGGUUAACAAGAGGAACAAGAGCCGUUUUCCUUGAUUUCACAAUUUAUAAUGCAAAUAUUAAUUUAUUUUGUCAAAUUCGGUUAAUAUUUGAAUUUCCAGCUGUUGGUGGAAUGUUAACAUCAUCAGUAUUUCGAGCUGUUAAACUUAUUCGUUAUGUCACAGUAUUCGAUUAUUUUAUAAUGGCUUGUGAAAUUUUAUUUGUUCUCUUCGUUCUAUAUUAUACCAUUGAAGAAAUCAUUGAAAUUUCAAAUUUAAAAAUGGCUUAUUUUAAAUCGAUAUGGAGUUGUUUGGAUAUUAUUAUUAUUCUAAUGUCCUAUGUAUGCAUUAUAUUCAAUAUUUAUCGUCAAUUUCAAGUAAAUAAUUUAUUAGAUAAUUUAUUAUUAAAACAAGAUCAAUUCAAUGAUUUCAAUUUUCUAUGUUAUUGGCAAUGGCAAUAUAAUAAUAUUGUUGGUGUUUGUGUAUUUUUGGCAUGGAUUAAGAUUUUUAAAUAUAUUAGUUUUAAUAAGACAAUGACACAAUUAAGUGAAACAUUAAGCAAAUGUGCAAGAGAUAUAUCUGGUUUUGCUGUGAUGUUUUUCAUUAUAUUUUUUGCUUAUGCUCAAUUGGGCUAUUUAACAUUUGGUACACAAGUAAAUGGUUUUCGAGCAUUUCAAUAUUCAGUUUAUACAUUGUUUUUAACUAUCAUGGGCAUAUUUGAUUUUCAUUCGUUACAACAAGCACAUCGUGUAUUGGGGCCAUUAUUUUUUCUAUCCUACGUAUUUUUUGUCUUUUUUGUCUUAUUAAAUAUGUUUUUGGCUAUUAUUAAUGAUACAUAUGCCGAAGUGAAAGAAGAAUUACGUAAUGCUAAAAAUGAAUUUGAAAUAAGUGAUUAUGUUAAACAAGGUUAUGCAAAAAUGCGUGAUCGUUUGAAAUUAAAACAUGAUCGUAUCUCAGAUAUAAGAAAAGCAUUAUCAAUGGCUGAUUUAAAUCGUGAUAAACGUCUGGAAUUUGAUGAAUGGCGAACAGAAUUAAAGUCACGUGGAUAUGCUGAAGAAGAAAUUGAAAAUAUGUUUGCAAAAUAUGAUUCUAAUGGUGAUCGAGUAUUGGAUGAACAUGAACAACGAGCAUUAGCAAAUGAUUUACUUCGUCAAAAUGAUGAAAUAUUACGAGAAAUGGAAGAAUUAAAUCAAACAACCAAGAAAAAUGUUCCUGUUAAUAACGUAAAUGAAGAGGAAAAUGAAAGAAUUCCAAGUGCACCACGUUUACAAGCUCAUGACGUAUCGUUCGAUGAAUACAAUGCUUUAGCACAACGCCUUGAUACAAUGGAAAAAGCUGUUGGAACGGUUCUCACAAGAGUUGAUGCUGUUGCAACAAAAAUGCAUGUGCUGGAAAAGGAUCAUGUUAAUGAACAAAAUCAAUUGAAAUCCAAUCUGAAUAGUUUUGAUGAUGAAUCUGAUUCACCACGAGCAGCUAGUGGUAAAGAUUUACAAUUUAAUCCUGGCCAAUCGCAUGCAUGA